AUGGCCGCUCGUCUUGCCGUGCUCAGCCUGCUCGUUUCCUCUACGCUCGUCGCUGCGACGCUCGAUUCAUCCAGCCUAUCGCCAUCUGGACACCACCAUCGUCGUCAAGAAGUCAGAAGACGUCUCCAAAAGCGCCAGGAUACAGAAACAACACCGGCAGAAGAAGUAGACCCGUCGUCUACAGCCGCUGGUGCUGCAUCUCCUUCUGAUUCCAGCUCUGCAGAAACGGCUGCCUCGUCUGAAACGUCGACGAGCGCGGGCACGACGGUUGUCACCGCAGACGGUCAGCCCGCUCUCGUGAGUGAUGACCUGAUCGGUGGCUUUGCCGUUGUCGGAAAUUCGGGCGUCUCUGCCCAAAUGAUGUUCCUCGGUGAUAGCAAACAGGUCUAUAUCCUGGACAAGGUCGAGAAUAACCCCGUCAGGGUGGGAAACCAUCCCGCUUGGGCCACCGUCUAUGAUCUCGAGGCGAAUACAGCAGAGCCCAUGGACGUCUAUACCAAUACUUUUUGUGCUGGAGGUGCUCCGCUCGCAAACGGAACCUGGGUCACCAUUGGCGGUAACCUCGCCGUCGACUCGCAGGGAAAUACUGCAAACUGGACAGAUGGCGGCCAAGCCGGUAACAAUUCGUACGGCGUGCACGACGGUGGCAUGGCCACUCGCACGCUCACGCCCGGCCAAGGUGCCCAGUGGAGCGAAGACCCGCAAUAUUAUUUGACCACGCACAGAUGGUACCCGACCGUCAUCACCGUCGAGGAUGGACGAUUGCUCGUCAUGAGUGGUUCCAUUGACGGUUCCUUUGUCAACAUGGACUAUCUCAACAACCCGACGUAUGAGCUUUGGCCAAAGGCACCUGGCGAGUCGCUCCGGAACAUGACCAUUCUCCAAAACGUCAUUCACGAAAACUUGUACCCGGUCGCGGAUAUGAUGCCCAAUGGCGAAAUCUUGUUGCACGUCGGUCGCAAGGCGCUCAUGUGGGAUUACAAGACGAAUACGGAAACGUAUUUGCCCGACGAUCCCUAUGCGGUCCGCAACUAUCCGGCCAGCGGUAGUACCGUCAUGUUGCCGAUCAAGCGUGAAAAGGAUGGAAGCUACAAGCCAAAGGUCAUCUACUGCGGUGGCUCGAACAUUGCCACCGACCAGUGGCUCCAGCCUGGUUUGGCCCUCAUCGACAUUGCCGCCGACAAGACGUGCAUUUCGAUGACCUAUGGCGAUAACCAGUGGGUCGAUGAGGAUGAGAUGCCCGAGGGACGUGUCUUGGGCAACUCGAUUCUCUUGCCAGACGGAACCAUGUUGGUCCUCAACGGUGCCGGACGAGGUGUGGCUGGAUACGCCGAUGUCAACCAGACGGUCUGGGCCAACGGAGACUCGCUCGCAGACGACCCGAUCCUCACACCGGCCAUUUACGAUGACACCAAGCCCAGGGGCAAGAAAUGGUCGCGUGCCGGUCUCAAGGCAUCUGCCAUUCCUCGCAUGUACCACUCGACUGCCACGCUCUUGCCCGACGGUGCCGUCUUGGUCUCUGGUUCGAACCCGCACAAGGACUUUAACGACAACACGACGUACCCUACCGAGUACCGUGUCGAGACAUUCUACCCGCUCUACUAUAACAAGCACCGACCGUUCCCAUCUGGCAUGCCGUCCAGGCUCAGCUAUGGUGGUGAUCCGUUUACGCUCAACUUUAGCAAGGAAGACUUGAACACGGGUAUGAACACGCCAGGCGCUGGGAUCAAGAAUGCCAAGAAAAUCAAGAUUGUCUUGAUGCUCACCGGCUUUUCGACGCACGCGCUCAAUUUCGGUCAACGCAUGCUCGAGCUCGAACGCACGUACACUGUCGACGAGGCGAGUGGAACCGCCACGGUUCACGUCAAUCAGCUCCCGACGAAUGCGGCCGUUUUCCCUCCGGGUAAUGCGUGGAUGUUUGCCGUUGUGGAUGGUGUGCCGAGUGUGGGCAUUCAAGUCAUGAUUGGGUCUGGGGAGAUUGGUGAACAGCCCAUGGGGACGUAUGCGACGUUGCCGAGGACAGUGGACCCGACGGGCGCUGCGCUUGGGCGUGGUGUGAGCGUUGGUGUCGUCUUUGGUGCUGUUGUUGCUGUCGCCAUGGCCUUGUUCUAA